GCGUGCUGUCGGGACCUGCAGAUCGGAGAAUGGACGAUGAAGCCAAUGGCGACACCGCUAACAGCUCGCCAACCUUGGAAACCAUAGCCGUGAAUGUGAGUCAAGUCCUUGUGGAAGAACACAGCGAAAGUCACGCCCUGCAUGAAGCCUUGAACGUCCUCCAGCGAUUGCCAUUCCUCGUUCGACAUGUCGUGUGUGCAUGGCGCGCGUCGCCGUCGCGAAGAGGUGCGUUGGUCCUCCUUCAAGUUGCACAAGACGAACUCUUCCAGGACGUCGUCAGUUCGUUGGACGUUGCAUGGGUCAUCCCAUUCCUCCGCGGAAGUGAUUUGCAGUAUCGAACAAAAAUCGCACUCGUUUCAGGUCUCGCCGUUCGCCGUCCUGUGCUCGAGUGGCUGGACGAAGCGUACGGCGUCCUCGAAGCUGACUUUCCCAUGCACCCGUCCACACUCAUGCACAUGACCGCGCUGAGUCGCAGCCUUGAAAUGCACCAGCAACCGAUGUCGACAACACAUGACGUCCGCCUUGGUCGGUUGGUUGAACGAGCGUCGCUCAAUUCGAAUGCUAGCACGGAUAAGCUAUCUGUCAUUCCUGUUUCUGCAGUUCCUGCAGUCAUGGCCGUACUGAGUCGCUGGCAGCACCUCCAUGCCGCCGUGUGGAGGCUGUGUCUGUCCAAGCCGUACCAAGUUUUGAAAACAAGCCCGAUCGUCUACUUCAGCGACGUUGUUGCAGUGUUGUGGGAAGCCGCUGGAUCCUUCACGCUCGUGCCCACGGCUGCAACUACGAGCCGCGACAUGGCGGUGGAAAUAGCAUUGCUUAGCGCCUUCUCUCCGCUGGAUUGUGUCCAAGCCAUUUAUGCGGCAACCUUGGCCUGCGUUGGCCACUCCAAAACUCCGACUCUGUGGAGUUGGCAUCGAUGUCGACCUGCCGAAUGGGCGCUGGACCUGAUCCACGACUGCGUGGAGAAGUUAGUGCACCACGACUCGAGCUUACUGGCUUUGAUGUGCACCAUCGCGGACGUUGCACUCGCACUCUUCGCGACCGAGUUGGCCUGGUCGUCUGCUCGACGGUUGUGGGAGGCUUGUCUCGACUCCACUACCUCCAUCUCGUCCCUUACAGCUCUGGCAACCGCCGUCGAAGCAAUGGACGAUUCAUCGCUCUAUCGUGACCAAAUCAUGUCGUUCAUAGUCCAAGUCUUUUCAACAAUCCUCGAGCCAAGAUCUGCCAAGAGCCAUCCUCGCUCUUGGUGGACGCUGCCGCCAUCCGACGUCGGGGACUUGAUCUCGUGCGUAUCGAGUGUCCGUGUGUGGGCUGAAGUGUUUGCUACGUGCGUGUCUGGCCAAGGCCACGAAGGCGCCAGGUGGGUGCAUGCACUCGCUCCGGAGCGGUCGGCGCUAAAGCAAUUAGUCACGGACGUCCUCUUUCACUGGAUCACUCUCGACACGACGCGAGCCUUCCACUUGGCGAUCUGCCUCUCGUGCGAUUUUCAAUCGAUCGACGUGGCGACUGCCCAAAGCUUCAGCGACUUCCUCGCGCAGUUUGACCGGUUUCACCAACUCGUUCAGUACCUUGGGGAUCCUCUGUCGCAAGCCCUUGCCCCUCGACGGCGUGUGUAUGUCAUCCACGUCGUUGAUUUAUGUGCAGUCCACUGCAGCGACGCGAACGUGCGAAGCAAGUUGGUGGAGUGCCUCGAGCGUUUGGGAUUGCCCCUCGAAUCGAGUCCGCUGAUUUCGCACUCGAGCGCACUCGUCACGGCGUUUCUCGCGCAAUUGGAGGCUAUCCACCAGCCUCUCCACACGGCAUACGAACUGUUUGCGUAUUGCACAGCCCAGGACGCCCUCUUUUGCGACAACAUUCGAUUCAGCAUCGUCUUGACCGAGGCAUGGAAGCCGACAUUUUCACCAGAGUCGAGGCUCCAGUGGCACUUUUUUCUAAACUGCGUCGCGUGGUGGAUGGUUGCCGCGCCGUCCAAGGGUCGCUCCUCGACCACUUUUCCAUUGCCGUUUGAUCCCGUACCGGCGACUUUGCACGAAUACUUGACCUCGACGACGUUGGCUCCGCCAUUUUCGUCGUUGCGGCUCGAAAUGCAAGUGCGGCGAUACAUCGAUGGACAAGGUGUGCAGCCUGACUUGCGGCAACUGACCCAAGUCCUCCUCACAGCCAUGCUCGAGCAUCCAGAGAGGCGUACGGACGUCAUCACGGUGUGGCGUCGAUUUUCCAAGCGGAUGAUCGUCCAUGCGUGCGUCGAAGCGUUGCAGGCGGCACUCCUCCGCACCGGGAUCCACCAGGGCUUCUUUUUGCCGUCGCUGUGCCCCGACCUGUCGUUUUCAAGCGUGUUCAACCACCCUCUUCUCUGCAGCCGCAUCGUUCACUUAGCCAUGACAACCUCAGGAUCCUCUGACGAUCUCUGCGCCUUCUUGGCCCAAGUCGAACGGCCCAACUAUACCUUGGCCGGGGUCGUUGCCAUCUUGCUGGACUUUGACGGCCAUCCCCGCUGGAAACGCGUGCUGCAACUCUUGUGGCCAGGGCUGGACCAUUAUCCGACGGCGCCGCUUCCGUUUGGUCUCGUGGCACGCUUCGGAUAUAUCAUUUCGUCGGCGUCGCAAGCGGUGCAGUUUGUUUAUUCCAACGCGACAGGGCUGUGGACCAAAACGGUGGUGUCCUCGACGGCACGAACACGUCAAGCCAACCGGGAACCAAACUUGUUCCUCGACUUUGCAAGCUGGCUGGCAGUCAUGGCGCAUGUUGACGUCGACUGGGAAGCAUACGGCCGACAAACGAUCGCAGUUGUGUACCUCCCGUUGCAAUUCAACGGCGAUCGAUGGCAACUUCUCCAAGAGUGUGUUUUUGCUGUGGCGUCAGGAAUCGCCAUCCUGCCACCGUGGGUGACAUCACUACUCUUUUGCAUCCCGUCCACAUUGUCGCAGCCGUUUGCAUCGUGGUUGUGUUGCACCCUCCACAAAGUUGUGGUUCGCCUUGAAGUCACCCACGACCACUCGUGGAUCGAGUCCAAUUUGCUCAGAGUGCUCGAGCAACUUGAGCUCGUCGAUCGAGCCAUAACUGCCAUGCAGCAGAGUCACAGCCAUGACGUCGACGCGUGGUGCACGUUGUGGCACUCGCAUGACGUGUUCCGGUCCGCACGGGUGGCACCAACAUUGGUAGGCCUCAUGGGGAUGCACUAUUGCGUUUCCCGCGACGAAGCAGCGCUGACGCGCGUCCAACUGUGUCUGUUGCGAGAUGCUGCGUUCAUGAAGACGUUUCCGUCGACGCGGCAAGCCAUGCUCGGCAUGGUGGACCGAAUUUGCAUGUAUGCGUACCCGACCGAGUGCCGCGCCGUGCGAGAGAUGCUGGAGCACUUGGGCGACUAA